CAAAGUCUUAACACAAGCCCGACUGAAUAGGCUUAAGCAUGUAGUUGAAUGUCUCAGUUCCAUCCUGAGAUGUUUUUGUGAGUUGUAAUCUGACGCUCUGAAGCCGAAAGAGCCAACAAUAUUGUCAGAGCAAAAGCGGCAUAUAUCAAAGCAUUUUUUACUGCAAGAUUGAAAACGGAGUCGUGCGGUGAAACGCCUGCGUGUCCCUUUUAAAACAAACCCAGUCGCUGUCAAUCAUCGGGCAUUCCGACCAAUCCCUGAACGCCCUUUUUUCAAAACCAGGUUUGCCCGCUGUGCUUUUAUAUUGCAGCCCGGCCUGGUUCGGAGCAUUUUUACUACCACGGUUAUUGCCACAAAUCAAGAGAGUGAAGUGAACGGGAUGGGACGCGCACCAACUUUCACGAACUUGCGUCCGCUUCACGGGACCGCGGGGUUGACAGCCAAGACCGGCACGUGCAGAUGAUACAUGGCGGUGCAAUGGGAACACAAUUAGUCGGUAAAUCUUGAUCGGGUGCACACUUACAUCAACAACAGCAACAGCAACAACAUCAUCAUCAACAACAACAACAACAACAAAAUCAUGACAACCCUUUCAAGGUUUAGUGGCUGCCCUCUGUCUUGCGUAAACCCUGGAGAAAGCAAUACUGAACCCAGUGUGGUGCUGCCACCUUUGGCAGGAGAGCACAUGGGGCACCCCACUGGCAAUUCCUUAAAACUCUGCCCCUCGCAUAAUUUGCUAGACUACCCUGAGACCAGGGCCAGCGCAUAUGUGGACCACUCGUUGCCUCACUUUCCAGACACGGGAUACACCAGCCAUCGCCUAGACGCCAGCCCUAGAGGCAUUAUCAUUGGGACAAACCUGUCAGGACCAGGCAUGCCACCAGUCACAGACCAACUGGCACCAAGACCUAACCAACAUGGGGCUAUUGGAAGGUACCGUGACCUCCAUGGCUACAGGGAUGGCCGGAGCCAUGCUUUUUUCACCACGUAUCCAGAGCAGGCCCACAGUUCUGUUGAUGCCAACCGAGACCUGAAUGGCCAGGUGAUGUUGGGUCUUCCAGGAGAUCUCCUCUCAAGAACACAUCCAUACGGACAAACCCACAGCGGCCCUCGGGCCAACAGCCAGCAGCUGGUUACACAGUUUCUGGGGCUCUAUAAGCCCUUUAACAUGGCCAUGCAGCGAGGAGGGAGCGAUGCAUUCCUCAGGUGCUCCAAACAGACUUUAACGCACGAGUUGGUGUGCAAGUGGAGCGACGGCCAAGACGGCGUUGGCAAGCUGCCAUGUUCCAGGACUUUUGGAACUAUGUAUGAACUUGUCACUCAUGUGACGAUCGAGCAUGUCGGUGGACCUGAGCAUUCUGACUAUGUGUGCCACUGGGAGAAUUGCCCCAGGGACAGAAAGCCAUUUAAAGCAAAAUACAAGCUGGUCAACCACGUCAGAGUGCACACAGGAGAAAAGCCCUUUCCCUGUCCCUUUCACGGAUGUGAAAAAGUUUUCGCUAGGUCCGAAAACCUCAAGAUUCACAAGAGAACUCACACAGGCGAGAAACCUUUCAAAUGUGAGUUCGAGGGCUGCAACCGGCGGUUUGCGAACAGCAGCGACCGUAAGAAGCAUUCUCACGUCCACUCGAGCGACAAGCCGUACAUGUGCAAGGUCAGAGGCUGUGAGAAAUGUUACACGCACCCGAGCUCCCUGCGCAAACACAUGAAGCUCCAUUGCAAGACUGACGCGGCCAAACCGGGAGAGGACAGUCAGCCUGAUUCUCCCGAAGUGCCGGGAGAGCAAGUCCCAUCAUCCCCUGCGGCGGUGACGCGACCCUUGCCGCCUGCCCCUUCUCAGGACUCCCCCGAGACUCUGAGGUCACGCUUUCAUCACACUUUUGACAGCAGUUUGGACUAUACGACGCACAGGCCACAGUCCAUUUUGGAUCCUCUGUUGCUGCACAGGGGCGGGUACAGAGGUGAAACGGCGCAGUACGCGUGUAGCCAAGCAAGUCCCACUUUUGCCCCUAGCCACAGGAAUUUUGCAACAAACUCACCUUUCCAAAAAAGCAUUGUAAACGGCUGGUACACGUGUCACAGCGGCGCCCAGCAUUUCUCAUCUAAGCCGUGCAACAAUGAUUUAUGAUUGUUUCACAAUAGCAGCAUGGAGUGCUAUUCAACUGGCCACAGGGCAGGUUGUGUAAUUUAGACUUUUGAAUUUAUCUCGAUGUCUCGAUGUUCUAUUUAUGAUUUGGCUAAACAGUUCAUGGCUGAGAGCUGAUCUAAUUGUGCUGGUGAUAUUCUUUCCUUGAAAAUAUAUUCUAGGCCUAACAUUGUGCUGGUGAGAGUCCGUAACUGAAAAUACACUUACGACCAACGUUCUACAAGAAAUUGGUAAUCAGUGUAUGUUUCUGUAUAUACAAUGAUAAAAAAAUAUAUAAUACAUAAUAUGAAACUGGAUCAACCGACUCAAAACUGCAACAAGAACAUUUUACUUGUAAUUGUAAUUACAAGUAACUUGUAAUUCACAAAUUGAUAUUGUUUUUUGGUUCAUCUUUGGUAAUACCUUGCUUGCUUGUAGAGCCCAUCAGUGUAAAUUCAUGCACAUUUAGAAGGAAAUGAAAUAUUAUUGUUUUGUUGUCAUUAACCCUGAGUGGCUAAGUUUUAGCUUUCUUCUUAAGACCAUAUUCAUCCUGUGUUCCGUUCAAAGAAGAGAAGCUGUGUACUAGCACAAGGCCUUUGCUUCCCUUCCCUUUGUAUAUUCCAUUAAUAAAUUUAAACCCCACUGUAUAUCGCCUACUGUACAGUUAAUUGUGCAUUCAGUAUUCAGCAUUAAAGUGUCUUUAUUCCCUUUGAUCGAAAGGAGUGUGGUUAAAUUCACUCAUUCGUAAAGAAAAUGUGCUGGUUUUGAACUCGAGUCACUCUUCAGAUAUAAUGUAUGUUAUCUCCCAAAAAGGGGAAUUCAAAUUGCACGAAAACCAGGUAUUUCUGACAGUAGAAAUCAGUUCACCUUUUUGAUCAGAACAAGUUGCAAACACUGAAGUUAUUCUAAACGAUUCUAAAAGGUUUAAUUAAGUUGUUUCUAAAUGUCUUUGCCAUUUUCUGAUUGCAGAGAUGCUGCAGUUAAAAGAGUAUGUCAGUUCG